ACGCCGCACGAGUAGAAGGAUCGGUAAUUGGUUUUUACAAUAAUGGCAGAUCCCAGAAUUAGACAAAUCAAGAUUAAAACUGGCGUCGUUAAGCGUAUAGCCAGAGAAAAAAGUUUGUAUGAAAAGGAGGCUGAAGAACAAAAGGAUAAGGUACAAAAAUUUAAGGACGAAGGCCAAGACGAACACGACAUUAGGAAGCAAGAGGAGGUGCUUCAGGAGUCGCUGAUGAUGGUUCCUGAUUGCCAAAGAAGGUUAUUAAAGGCGCACGCAGAUUUGAAGUCAAUACUGGAGAGUGAGCAAGACUUAAAAGAGAACGAAGAUUACAUUGCUGCAGAGCAAGUGCUGAAAGAGGCUGAGAGUCAUCUGCCCGAAUCAGCAUAACAUUUCACAACAUCCCUUAUUUCUAUUAUAUAUUAAUCACUUAUAAAUCAUGUCUAAUCCUAAUUUUUAUAAUGAUUUUCAAAGUAGUUUUACAUUCCACGGCAAUAAUGCUGCCCCUCCACCUUUCUUCUCGGUCCCACCUCCACCCCGUCCUAUGCACCCACCUCCAUUUGCCCCACCAACUGACCAGGACUUUAUCAAGUCCUUUGAACGGUAUAUAGGAAAGUGUGAUGUUGAAAAUCCCAAAACUGACUCUAUAUCUGUUGUACGUGAAAAAAUAUCUAAUUUAGUACACACUCUUGAUGAAUUAAAAGAAAAAGAGAGGAUAUUACAAGAGAAUGUUGAUAAUUUUACGGAUGGAGAAUGGGAUUUUCAUAUGAAAGACAUAGAAAAUAAGAAAGCAAACACAAGAAGAAUGUUACAUGUUAUCAAUGACCUGUAUAUUGAUAAUGCUAGGAAGCUUCUCGCGAAACGAGCAUCAAAGAGAUUACGAAUGAAGAGAAUGAAAUUGGAAAGGAGUCGGGAAAAGAAAGAGAGAAUGCAACAAUUGGAAGAAACAUCUAGAAAAAUAGAUGAGAAUUUGAAGAAAAUUCAAGAUGACAUUGAAAAAUCUAAACAGGAAGCUGAAGCGAAGUUACACGCGGAUAUUGUCUUGAAAGAAGUGAUGCGUAAGAAGACUGAUGCAAAGAAAUGUCUAGUGAAACUGGAUGCUUUGUUGCGCCUGCGCCGCGCCAGACUCAACACGGCUAAGGGCAGGGGAGAGACUGUGGCAGAACAUGAGACGGUGGCAUUUGAGAAUAAUAUUGAGAAAUUAAAGCAACUCUGGUCGAAAAAAUUGGAAAUUUAUGAUAAGGAAGAGAAUGAUUUGCGCGCAACGCUGAAAGACAGCUCCGAUGUCAAGUCAAAUGUUAUUGAAACAGAUGAGGUGUUAGAGAAUUUGAAACAAUGGAGAGAAAUCCUUUUCGGUGACCGUCUGCCGCAAGUUAACUUUAAAGGAGAUGCUAAUAAAUUUGUUUCUAUAAGGUGCGAGUGGGACAAGUAUGUAUGUACAACUGGGUCUGCAUUGCCGUUGGGCUGGGUGGUGCCCAACCUGCAGCCUUGAGUGGAAAGCUACGAGGCUACUUUAAUUUGCUGCCGUGUACGCAAUGGCUUUAAUGCUUGCAUUUAUAAAAGUUUUUUAAUAAAGUAUUUUUUAUGUA